UGGAUUUAAUAAGCGGCAAGCCGUGUAUAUGUGGAGCCAUAAUGGCGGCUUCAGGGUUUCAGUUUCGUAGCUGACAGUUGCUAGUCUUUGCCCCGCCCACUUAGUAGACACGUGUGUUUUAAGUUUGCAGCAUGGCUUCAUUGGCUAAGAAAAGGGCAGUAGGUUUUGGUGAAAAACCCGAGGAAAGUGACAACAGCUCCGAUGAGAAUCCAGAGGAGGAAGACGAUUCCGGAGAAGAGGACAGUGAGGCGUCAGAUGAGGAAAUUAAUGAGGAGGUCGUUGUAGACUUUGAAGCUCACACCAUCUCAGACAAUGACUUCAACGGCAUAAAGAAGCUGCUGCAGCAGCUUUUCUUAAAAGCUCAUGUGGAUACAUCAGAGAUGACACACAUCAUCAUCCAACAAAAUCAUGUUGGAAGUGUCAUCAAGCAAGCUGAGGCGCCCGAAGACAGCGACGAUGACGACGACCCAGAUGAAGUGUUUGGCUUCAUCACCAUGCUAAACCUCACAGAGAGAAAGGGUGUACAAUGUGUGGAGGAGGUGAAGGAGCUGAUUGUGGAUCAGUGUGAGAAGAAUGCUUCUCAUAUUGUGACAGAACAGCUGGAGAAGAUCUUUAAUGAUAACAGCAAGCCUGUGGGGCUGCUGCUAAGUGAGCGCUUCAUCAAUGUGCCUCCACAGAUUGCCCUUCCACUGCACAAACAGCUCCAGGAAGAAAUCGCUGACGCUCAGAGGACAAAUAAGCCCAGUGGGAGGUGCCACUACUGCCUGAUUAUCAGCAAGACCUGUAGAGAAGAGACCAAGAGCAUCCCAGCCACAGGAGGAGCUCCCAAAGAGGAAUACAUGUUUGUUAAUGCAGAGGAGGAAUUCUUUUAUGAGCAAGCCAUCUUGAAGUUCCACUACACAGUCCAAGAAGAGGCAGACUCCUGUUUAAGUGGGAGGUGGUCAUUUACGGACGUGCCCAUGAAGCCUUUCAGGACUGUGAUGCUGAUACCCACAGACAGAAUGCCAGCCAUCAUGGAGAAACUCAAAGAAUAUCUAUCAGUGUGACCUUCACAAUAAACCAAGACACCUAUGGACACAGUGACAGCUUUCAGGCUUCUGAAAAUCAUUCAAUAUAUUCUUCAAUUUUUGUACAGUUUGUUUUAGGAAUGCACGUAUUCAUAUUUAGAACAUGUAGGGCGAUGGUUUACCCAGUUUUAGAAAUUUUAAAGACAGUUUGUACAAAUUGUAAAGACAUAGGGAAUAAUCACAUACUUGAAUACUGGAAGAAACUUCAUGCAACUGCAUAUCAGAGGUGUUAGGAACACUUCAAAAUCCUUGGUUUUUAACAUUCAGCUGCACAUUUCAUCCCCAGACUUUCCUUGAUGUCACAUGUUUUAAUAAAUGUCCUGAAUUGUCAACAUAAACAGGGAACAUUCUUAGAUAAAUGGGCAAAGCAGUUAUUCUGAGCAAGUUGUUUCAUACGUAUUUUAGCUUUAAAAUCAGAUCCUUGGAUAUACAAAAGAAUGUGAAGGUAUACUGGCAUUUAUGACAACUAUGCAUAAUAGGGAAGUACAUAGGAGACAAAUUACUUUUCGCUUGAACAUUUUUUUUUUUGCUUGUUAAGUAUAUCAAAUGACAGUGUGCAUCUGCAUCAUGUACGGAUAAAGUCCACACCUAAGCAGUGUUGCAGAAACCCCCUCACUCAUAUUGUUUUUAGAUCACAACUAUUAAA